AGAGAGAGAGAGAGAGAGAGAGAGAGAGAGAGGGAGAGAGAGAGAGAGCGGAAGAGAGAGAGAGAGAGAGAGAGAGAGAGAGAGAGAGAGAGAGAGAGAGAGAGAGAGAGAGAGAGAGAGAAAGAGAGAUACGUUUUAAUAAUGUGUCUGAGGAGAGAGAGAGAGAGAGAGAGAGAGAGAGAGAGAGAUAGGGAGAGAGAGAGAGAGAGAGAGAGAGAG